UCCGGGCGCAGCUCCAUGGGGCCGCGGCGGCGCUGCGACCUUCUGCACAUGGAGCCGGGGAGAGUUGGAAGAACUUCAUACUGCAAACUCAAGGAAUAGCAGAGUACCUGCACCGCAUGGAGACAGAGGAGGCCCAGGAAAUGAACCUGAUGCCAGGCAGGGACAGCCCCCCUCCCACCGAGGCGUCCGAGGACGCAGAGGAGCCGAUGGCCGUCCCAGAGGACCUGUCAGCCGGCUCCACCCACCAGCAGAACAACAGAGGGGACAAAGUCUGUAACAUUAAAGUUGAGGCUCGCAGUGAUGAGGAGAAUGGGCUGGCCUGUGACAUGAAUGGCGUGGAGGAGGAGGAGGAGGAGGAGUGUGCGGAAGACUUGCGCGUGAUCGAUGCCUCCGGGGCCAAGUUGAACGGCUCACAGCCGCGCCCCCAAGCCAAGGCCUUCUCCUCGGCCGGCGGUAUCCGGCUGCCCAACGGGAAGCUCAAGUGCGAUAUCUGCGGGAUAGUUUGCAUUGGCCCCAAUGUGUUGAUGGUGCACAAGCGAAGCCACACUGGAGAACGCCCUUUCCAGUGCAGCCAGUGCGGUGCCUCUUUCACCCAGAAGGGUAACCUGCUGCGCCACAUCAAGCUCCAUUCGGGGGAGAAGCCCUUCAAGUGUCACCUGUGCAGCUACGCCUGUCGCAGGAGGGAUGCCCUCACCGGACAUUUACGCACCCACUCGGUUGGAAAACCCCACAAGUGUGCGUACUGUGGGCGGAGCUACAAGCAGCGCAGCUCUUUGGAGGAGCACAAGGAGCGCUGUCACAACUACCUCCAGUGCAUGGGGCUGCAGAACAGCAUCUACACAGUAGUAAAGGAAGAAAGCAACCAGAAUGAGCAGAGGGAAGACUUAAGCCAGAUGGGAUCUGACAGAGCCCUGGUGCUAGACAGACUAGCUAAUAAUGUAGCUAAGCGUAAGAGCACUAUGCCACAGAAGUUUGUGGGUGAUAAACGUCUGUCCGACCUCUCCUACGAUGGAGGAGCAGGCGAGCUCAUUCAGCCCCACGUCAUCGACCAGGCCAUCAACAGUGCCAUCAGCUACCUGGGAGCCGAGUCGCUGCGGCCUCUGGUCCAGACCUCUCCGGCCUCCUCUUCUGACCUCGGCCUCGGCUCCAUGUACCCCCUUCACAAGCAGGUGACCGAGUCCCACGUGGGCCACAACCUGUCUGCCAAAGACAGUGCGGCCGAGAACCUGCUGCUGCUCUCCAACUCCAAGUCUGCCUCCAGUGAGAAGGACGGCUCGCCCAGUCACAGCGGCCAGGACUCCACCGACAGCGACAGCAACAACGAGGAUCGUCCAGGCAGGGCGACCUCCGGCCUCAUCUACCUGACCAAUCACAUGACUUCGGGGGGGAGGAACGGCGUGCUCCCUCUGGUGAAGGAGGAGCAGCAGAGGCAGUACGAGGCCAUCCGCGCCAGCAUGGAGAUGGCCUCCGAGGGCUUCAAGGUGGUAACCUCGGAUGGGGAGCAGGUGAGGGCGUACAGGUGCGAACACUGCCGCGUCCUCUUUCUGGAUCACGUCAUGUACACCAUCCACAUGGGCUGCCACGGCUUCAGAGACCCCUUCGAGUGCAACCUCUGCGGUCACCGGAGCGAAGACCGCUACGAGUUCUCCUCUCACAUAACGCGAGGGGAGCACCGUUACUGAG